AAGUUCAACUGUUACAGAGAAAGAGAGAGAGAGAGAGACAGACAGACAGACAGACAGACAGAGACAGGGAGAGACAGACAGACAGAGACAGAGAGGCAGAGAAACAGGUAAACACAGACUCAUCAUGGACAGGUUGACAUGUUCCGGUUCAGGGUGACUUCCUGUCUGAUGUCCCUCCUCUUCCUCUUCUCUAUGUUGUCCUCCAUUAUGGCUGCUGCUGAACCCGCCGGCUGCAAAAUCCGCAUCACUGACAAAGGACUGGACAUGUUGAAGUUUGAGACUCAGAAGUUUGUUGAAGAGGAACUCAGUAACAUCAGUAUGCCGGAGAUGAGGGGCAAAGAAGGACGAUUCCAGUACACCAUCACUGAUGUGAAGAUCACAGAGUUGAAUCUGACUCACGCUGACCUGAGAUUCAUCCCUGAUGUUGGUUUGUUGUUCGAUGUUCAGAACUCAUCGAUCUCUCUGAGUUUCCAUCGACGGAUCCUUUACUGGUUCUUUUAUGACACAGGAAACAUCAACGCGUCAGCUGAAGGAGUGAACAUCAACACAGCUCUGAAUCUGAUCAGAGACGACGAAGGACGACUGAAGAUCAAUAACAUCACCUGUGAUGCCAAAAUCAACAGAAUGAGAGCAAAGUUCAGCGGAACACUUGGGAGAGUUUACGACUUCCUGGCCAGUUUUCUGACGUCAGGCAUGCGCUUCCUCCUCAACCAACAGAUCUGUCCAGCUCUGAAUCACGCUGCUCUGGUUCAUGUGAACUCAAUGUUGGAGACCAUCCCUGUGAGGACAGAGGUUGAUCAGUACAUUGGGAUCGAUUAUUCUCUGAUCGAUGAUCCAGUGGUGACGCCCAGGAGCCUCGACAUGCACUUCAGGGGGAUGUUUUUCGACCUGAGUCAUCAGAACGAGUCGUUGUUGAACUAUGCUGUCGACCCAGUGAUCAGAGAGUAUGACCGAAUGGUUUACCUUGCUCUGUCCGAGUUCUUCUUUGACAGCGGGAUGUUCGCAUACUACAGAGCAGGAGUCUUCCAGAUGGACAUCAUCAAUGAGAAGAUGCCCAAAGAUCUGGAGAUGUUGUUGAGAACCACAUACUUUGGAGCCAUCAUGAUGCUGAACCCAGCUCUGGUGGAUGCUCCGCUCUCACUUCAUCUUGCUGUCAACUCACCUCCAAAAACUUCCAUCAAGACGUCUGGAGCAACCGUUGUCAUGACAGCCAUUGUCAAGGUGAUGGUGCUGCCUCCAGGUCGGCCUCCGGUCCAGCUCAGCAGCAUGACCAUGGAAACAAAGUUUAAUGCCAAAGUUUCAAUGAAAGAAAAACGUCUGGCCGUCCACGCCGACCUCCGCAGGUUUAAAAUCUUCUCCAACCAAUCAGCUCUGGAGUCUCUGGCACUGAUUCCUCUCCAGGCUCCUCUGAAGACGAUGUUGCAGAUGUCUGUGGUUCCUUUAAUCAACAACUGGACCAAGAGAGGAGUUCAGAUCCCUCUGGCUGAUGGGAUGGACUUCAUUGAAGAAGUGGUUGAAUAUCACAACGGUUUCAUUGUGAUUGGAGCAAAUCUUCACUUCAGCAAAGGACUGAGGGAAAUGAUCACUGGCAACAACACAACACAACCAGAGACCAACACCAUCUAAUACACACACACACACACACACAUAUAUAUAUAUAUAUAUAUAUUUAUGCGUAUAUGAUGCAGCAGCCAGAGCGGCUUAUGAUGUAACCAUGGUAACCACAGACACUACAGACAGGGAAAUGAUACAGGUAGUGAUUGAUCAGAAUGACACACCUCUUCAUCUGCAGACAGCACACAGAUCAAUGAAAAGUCCAGUGAUCGGCUGCACUGCGCCUGUGUCCAGGUACCGCCCUCUCUGAGGGUGUGGCCUUUUCAGGUGAGUCCUUCAGUAAAAUGAGACCAGAAAAUGACCACAGCUGCAAACAUGAACUUUCUCUGACUGAACUCUGGUCCUGCUGAAAUCUGCCUCUGGACUUCGAACCCAACCUACGCUGUUGACAAGUCCACCUACUAUAAAUCUGUUUUAUCAUGACUAACACUGAACACACACCGCUGUCAUCACCAGUUCACCUGAACGCCACAAGCAGAGAUUCACAUCAACCACUGUAAACCACAACUAAACAACAACUACAACUAGACCAGAGUAAUCAAGGGUAAACCACAGUAAUCCAGAGUAAUCCAGUGAUGUAACCAAACCCUUAGUUUGAGUUCCAGUUGUCACACAGCACUUAUCUAAUGGCUCAUGAGAGAACAUUUGUUCAUGUUCAUUACCUGUUAAUCUAAACUGUAACAAUAGCAACAUGACACCAUUGUUAGGUGAUACCUGUAUCUGAUCAUUGUGAUUGUAUGUUGUAUGACAUUGUCUAACUGCUCUUAUUAAUAAACUCAAAUUAAACCUGAAA